GAAAAAAAAAAACGUAACCUCACUAUUUAGAGAAAAGAUUUUAAAUUUAGCAAAUCCAAGUUUACUUUAUUUUAUUUAUUAUUAAUUAUUAAUUCAAUUCAUAAAAUGAGUGUUGCACGAUUUUAUAGCCUAGGAUCUAUUCAAAGAAGUCUAACAUUGGGAUUUGAAUUGAAUUUUCAUAGAAGGAACUAUGCAAAAGCUAGCACAAGUGUUAGCAUGUUAGGAAUGAAAAAGAAAAAAGUCGGUGGCAAAGUCGGUCCCAUGAUAGAGAAAAAAAUUCUUCCUGUUGAAACAGACCCAGAAAAAUUAGUUAACUAUUGUUGCGGUUCAAAUAUCUACAAAACGGGCGAGGAUGUGAAACUGGCACCCGACAAUGAAUAUCCAGACUGGUUGUGGACUAUACGAACUGGCGAGCCAGUUCCUUUGGAAGAAUUAGAUCCCAAUUCCAAGGACUAUUGGCGUAGAUUGAGACGGAUGGCUAUCAAAAAACAAAAUCAAUUGAAGAAGCUGAAUAAAUUUUAAUUUGUACUUGAUUAUUAUUUGUUGGUGACAUCAAGGAUUGGGUAAUUGAGUGGCCAACUUCUUUUUAUUUAUAUUUAUAGAGACUGUUCAAUAAAAAUUGGUAAUCAAACAAAAUAAAAACAAAAAUGUCUUACAAUCUUUAUACAUAGU